AUGUCUUUGCUAUUCCUGUCUCUAGGAGAGGGGCUGUUGAUCUUGAAUGGAACAAAAUGGUUUCAACAUCGGAAGCUGCUCACACCAGCAUUUCACUAUGAUGUGCUGAAACCUUACGUGACCCUGAUGUCAAACUCAGUCAAAGUGAUGUUGGAUAAAUGGGAAAAGAGGAACACACAGAGCAAGACGGUGGAGCUCUUUCAAGACAUCAGCUUAAUGACACUAGACACCAUCAUGAAAUGUGCCUUCAGUUAUGAUACCAACUGUCAGACUGAGAGCAACUCAGACUUUUAUAUCAAAGCUGUUUAUGACCUGAACUAUCUUGUGGUUCAGAGAGUCCGGACACUCUCGUUUAGUGAUGUCUUCUAUGGCAUGACUCGCAAAGGCCGCCAGUUUCAGGAGGCCUGCAAGCUGGUGCAUAUCCACACAGAUUAAGUAAUAAAAGAAAGAAAGUCGUUGCUCUGCAAUGAGAAGGAACGUGAGAAGAUCCAGAAAAAGAGACACCUGGAUUUUCUGGACAUUCUACUUUGUGCUAAGGAUGAGAACGAGGUUGGACUGUCCGAUGAGGGUCUCCGUGCUGAGGUGGACACAUUCAUGUUUGAGGGCCACGAUACCACGGCCAGUGGGAUCUCCUGGCUCUUUUACUGUAUGUCAUUACACCCAGACCACCAGGCACAGUGCCGGGAAGAGAUCUAGGAGAUCUUGGGAGACCGAGAUACCAUUGAGUGGGAGGACCUUGGGAAGAUGACAUACACCACGACGUGCAUCAAAGAGAGCCUGCGCCUGUUCCCACCAGUUCCUGGUGUGUCCCGACAGCUCGCCAAACCCAUCACAUUUUCUGAUGGGCGCAGCUUACCAGCAGGUCUGUUCAUUAUAGUGAACAUAUUUGCUGUUCACAGGGGCCGGGAUGUGUGGGAAGACCCUGAGAUAUUUGACCCAAUGAGGUUUUCUCCGGAGAACUCCGCACGGAGGCACUCGCACGCUUUCCUGCCUUUCUCUGCUGGAUCCAGGAACUGUAUUGGGCAGCAGUUUGCCAUGAAUGAGCUGAAAGUGGCUCUUGCCUUGACCCUGCUUCGCUUCAAACUCUCACCUGACCCAUCCAGGCCUCCCAUACCGGUAGCACUGCUUGUCCUCAAGUCUACUAAUGGAAUCUACCUGCAUUUAAAGAAGAUUCGCUGACCUGGGGUAGCAUGGGGGCUAGUGGUUUCCCAGGGACCAUCCUUCAUCUAGAUGUUAAAGCAUCUCCCUCUCCUAGCUCAGCCACACUGCCCUGCACUCUGAUGGUGACAGCCUGUAGCCUUCUUGAUCUCCCAGUCCUGGGAGGGGGACAGCCAACAGACCUGCCUGGCAUGUCUCCGAUCUAGGUCUGGAUCUGCUUUGCAUGGAGAACUUCUCCCUGAAAUCACAUCACAUCCACAGAUAUCCACCAAAUUAAAUGCUGGGAGAAAUUUUCCCCAUUAAACAGUUCUGGACUGGUUUUGUACCUGGCGUUACGGGAAUGAAAGCCAGUGGCUGUUUCUGACACAAUGCUGAACUUCCUUGAGUUGAGGGUGCUCAGGGACCAGCUCAGAGACAUGUUGCUAGAAAGCC